AUGUCUUAUACUUCAUUAAUUUCAGUGGGAUCUGUGGAUGCGGCUAUAUUGUUGCUUUCUGCCCCAGGAAACAUAUUCAUUCUCCUGGUGAAUAUUUUGGAUGCUGUCCAUUUGAAAACACUUAAUUUAAGUGACCAGCUCAUUUGUAGCAUCUCUGCAGUCAACAUGCUACAACAAUUCUUCUAUGUUGCAGAUUUUGUAUUUUUAGCACUAACAAACGAAGAAUCGGAUGACACAGUUACAAUGUACUUUUCAAUAUUGUUUCGGACUUUAACAUCCUGCAACAUCUGGCUUUCUACCUGGCUCUGUGUGCACUUCUGUAUAAAACUUGUGAACAUUAACCACAGAUGUUACAUUUAUCUACAGAAAGUGUUUCCCAAAACAUUUAAAUGGAUUCUAAUUUCAACUUUCCUGGGAUCAUUUCUGAUCAGUUUUCCAACAAUGUGGAGCAGUCUAAAACUUACUUCAUAUAAUAAUACUUUCAUGGAAUAUGGUCAACCAGUUUAUGAAAAAGAUUUAUUCUCCAGUGCAUUGCAUAGUGUGACAUCCCCCGUGGCCAUUCUAGUUUUAUUUACUUCAGCCCUGACAAUCAUCAUCGCUCUCUGUAGACACAUGAAAAGGAUUCAAGACAAUGCUGCAGGCUCCAGAACUCCUAGCAUGGAAGCGCAUGUUCGGGCUACUAGAACCAUUCUCUGUCUCUUAGUAAUUUAUGUAUUUUAUUUUAUUGAUGGACUUAACUGUUUUCCUGUAAACUACCAGAAGAUUUUUGAGUAUUUUACAUUGACAAGUUUAGCAUUAGGUCAGAUUCUUAGCCCUUGGAUUCUUAUUAAAGGAAACAGCAAACUAGAUAAAGCACUUCAAGGACUCUUACAUGGCUGCUCUUGUCCCCGGUUAUCUAAUGAUGCAUAA